GCCGUUCCUCUGCAGGUGACUCAACCGGAUUUAAGCGCCUGCUUGACCCACAACAAAAGACGAACGAACAAUGGGCGGGAAGGCAGAAGGCAACCUGAUAUCUGGGGGAACCCUUAGAACAGUCAUUCUCAGCGGUUUCCAUAUAGGCGCGUGGAAUGUGUGUCUCUACACCUCAUACUCCACAUCGGCGAGCCUCGCAGGCCAAUUUGGGUGAGCGAUCCGCUCGAUUACAAGAGUAGUUCGCUAAUCAAAUUUGGUAAUGCUUACCAACCACUUCAAGAGCCGAGCCAGGCAGUCGUCGGGCAGGUGGAGCGUUGGCCUAACAAGUACGCAGACUAUUUGUGGCCAAAUGGGCUUGAGAUUUGGACUUAGAUUCAGAUUCAGAUUCGUACUCGUAUUCGUAUUCGGUCGCACCUACAAAAUGCUUGACUUAUACAUAGCUCCGCCGCCAUUCUCCGGCAGCCUGUACAGGCGCGCAGGCAGGUCCACAGGCACAGGCACAUAAAUGCAUUAAGUGGCAAACAUUUAUGCAUUAUGCAUGCAAUUCAUACCGGUUUAGUGUUGUCUUUAGGCACCCAAUCGAAGAACCUCAACUGUAACUCAUGAAAAUGAAAGGCCAAAAGCCAAGCGGAGCUAUCAAGUAAACAAAAAGAAACCAACCGCACUGGCUCCGAAAACCAGUGCUUUUAUAUGUACACUUUAUAUGUAGGUUGGUCUUUAUGCUUCCUGCAAGAGGGGGAUACGGUUAACUUGUCAACCAUCACCAAUCUGCUUCGAAAAGAAUAUUUUUCAGGCUGCUAUUUGGGAAUGAUAUCAAUCAGGCUUAAAAUCUUGUACUACAGUACAUAUAACAUAUGUAACUAACAUUGCCCUAAAGGAGACUUGAAGGGAAAGUCCCACAAUUAACAUCUAUAGCAGUCGCAGCAUAAAUCACUUUUGCUAAAUACCCUGCUGAUUACACACUACUUAAAUUGUAGAUGGUAGAUUUAGUCAGAUUUCUUUUUUCGAUUUCUCCAAGCUACUUGCAUUAGUGACACUUAGCGGUAAUAUGGAGUGGAGUGUAGUAGAGUGGAGUGGAGUGGCUGGGCCGGGGCUGGCGUUUUCCAUUUCAAUGUUUUCUCGCUUAAUUGCUGAGAAUUGUUGACUUUUAAUUACCCUAAGAAGCCGCGAAAGAUGGAUGAAGGCAACGAGCUGGAAAGAUUUCCCGUUUGCGGUCUGAAAAUUAGUUUACUUCGACUUCGACUUCGGACGUCGUCUAUAUACUUGUUUGUUUCUUGUCUGAAAUGAUAAUCGAGCAUAGUUGGACCUCGGAGUUUCGGGUAGCAGUCAGUCAGUCAGUCAGCAAUUAAGUCUAUCAGAAGCUGGAGUGUUCAGUCAGUGUGGUUUCGUAGCUGCUCCGUGGUGCACCACCAACAGUAUCAGUACGGCCAGGUUUCUGUUCGGUCAAGCUCUUCGUUCCGAGAGUAAUUACAGUGGACCACAGUAUGUAGCGCCAUCACCGUUUCGGUCGGUCUUUCGGUCUUUCAUAAUAGUGGCGAAAGCCAGCCAAGAAUAUCUUAACGUAGCAUCAGUUGUGGAGGGGAGUGGCUCGACCGACUGAACGACCGUUUUAUACAACUUACCCACGAUACCGUAAAAUUCGAAGAGAAAAACAAAAGGUGCUGCUACGAGCUGAGCCUAGCUUCUUGCCUCACAAGCUCUGCGCCAAGCUUUGGCCACUAUAUUCGUGCUCUUCUCUUGGCCAGGUUUCGCUCUCUCUCUCUUGCCCGAUUGGAGUUGGUCUUAAGUCGGACUUGGUCGCGCUGUGCCUCAGUUGUUGCGAUGACGCCGAGUGCUGUGGUAAGACACGGGCCGCGUUGCCAGCCUGGGUCUGAGCUUCGCUCUUCCAAUGGACAGGUGUAGCGGCGCGCGAGAAAGUUGAAUCUGUAACAGGCCCGGGCGAUCACGCUCGUAAUGCAGUUCGCCAUGAGUCAUCCGCGGUGUUUACAUCCCCGCCAGAGCGUGAAUUAGUCUGCUCCAGUUUAUUGGAGAUCCUAUCUCGGACAAAAUGUGAACAUGUGUUCUGAGUGGACAGAGGCACCAGCGUAUUUACAUAAUUGGCUAAUUACCCGAUCUCUUGACACGUUGUUAACACCGAUGGCGGACCAGAUUCUUACACAGUGGAAGAAGAACUGUUAGCCAAUUGUCUGCGGGAUUGGGGUUAGCUGGGUGUCACAGAGGGUUCACUGGGAACACAGCAGAAGCCGCAUAAAUUACACCAAAUGCUUUCUUUCGCCCGGUGCCAAAACCGUUAAAUGCUCGUCGCGUCUUAUACAAUACCCGAAUUUGCAUACCCCGUCGGACACUUGUUCGGAAUGAAGUGAAGUGUUAGCUAAUCUUUAGUCUCUACGCGGUGUUUCCACAGAAUGCCAGCAGCAGACAUGACCACCCUGACCACUGAGCCCACGAUUGCCGCACUGGAACUGAGCUUGCCAGUUGACGGUGACUUGGAUUCGCUUGCCUCCCAGGAGGAUGAAGACGGGGACAACCUGCCAAUCUGGAUCGAUGGAGAGGAGCACUGGAUAACCGGCGUAGACGCCAGCACUACCUGCGCCGAUCUGAUCUGUGCGCUUCUGAGCUACCGGAGUCUCCAGCAACAGCAGAUGUAUCGCAAGGAAGGUUUGAGGAGCCAUUCUCCCGCACCUGCCGUCCAUGGCCCUCAGGAGUACGCAAUCGUCGAGAAGCAACGGAACUACGAGGAGUACCUGGACGGAAGUGCCAGGCUUUGCGAUGUUAUCGCCAGCCGUCACGCUUUGCCGAAUGAGGAGAAGUACCAGCUCCAGCUACGCCAUUUGGCCACCGCUACGUCCCGCAAACAUACACCAACGACGGACAAGGACAGUGGAAUGGGCAGUCCAGUGGAUAGUUCGCGUAGCAUGCGCUUUCGGCGCAGAGGCAAGAGCAAGGUUUUGCCCGCGACUAUGGAGCUGGAUCAGUGGGGCAUGACUAAGGCCAACCCCAAGCAGCCAAAGAGAAGCCGAAGAGUGCAGCAGCAGCAGAAGAGCUCCCACAUUUCGCCAAAUGAGGGCCUACUGAACAUUAUCCUUGCGCAGGACGAGACCAUUCUCCAGCAGAUGUCCAUGCUGCACGAUAAGGACCGGCAGAUACUAAAAAUCGAGGAGGAGAAGCACCGCGUAAGGGAACGCGAACUGGGGAAGAACUACCUGCUCGAAACGUACCUGAGGGAUCUAGAGGAGACCCAGGACAAUGGCCACCCCGCCCGACUAAGCUCCACAGAGGGGCCCCCCAAUAAUCACGAGGAUGGGGCUGCAGAAAUGGACUCCAGGAUCGCCGAUUCAGGUGAAGCCGUCAAGGACGAAAUUCGAUUGUACUGGCUGGAGAAGAUCCACGCAGUGAACAAAGACUUGCAGCGGGAGGAGGAGCUGCUGCUUAGCCUACAUUCCAAGGUGCGAAGACACCAGGUGAAGUGUGUGUACGAGACUAAGAGCGAAGUGCUGGUUCAGAUUGACAAGCUGGACACUCAGCUGGCUGCUCAGGUGGCGGAUAUUCAUCGAGUGGAACGAAAACUAUUCACGGCCAAUGAGCAACUUAAGGCCAAGCUUGGCGUGCUGGAGUCUUUGGGUCGCGAAUUUGAGACAACGGUAACGGAGGAACGGUUCGUUCAAGAGGAGCCCCAAGAGGCCGUAAAACUGGCCAGACUAAUACAAUCAUCGUGCCCGGCUGAUGAGCACCAACCAGGUGAUCCGCCUUCCGAUCUCAACCGCCGCUGCCGCCUGACCCAAAAAGAGCUAACGGACAGGAACCUGAAUGGUCACCAAAGGCCAAUUAGCAAGGGCUUGACUAAGCUACUGUUCAAGGGACGCAGUAGCUCACCGAAUUCUUCUACCUCCUACCCGCUCAAUCCCGUAGAGCACCUGGGUACCCUUGUAUAGGCUGGAAGGAGAAGGAUUAUUUAAGAAUCUUGAGUGUCCAAGC